CAAGCAUUCCUGCAUUAUCAUAUUAUAAUAAAAUGCCUAAAUGGAUCUAAAAUAAAAAAAUAUAUAUUUGUUUCAUAAUAUACAAAUAUUAUUAAUAUUUUCUUAGUUCUGUUUUUAGGUAAUCAAAAAUAAGAGUCCGUAUUAAUAAACGAAGUAUUAUUCCUAUUUUCUGUGAUUGUAUUAUAUCUAUAGGUCGUUGGAAUCAAAAUUGGCAUGAACUCAUAAAAAUGGAGAAUCAACCUAAGAAACUUCAUCACUGCACGCAUGAUGGGUGCAAGGCAGUGUUUAAUAGACCAUAUCGACUUGUACAACAUUUACUCGUUCAUAACAACAUAAGAAUUUAUGUGUGUGAGGAAAGCAAUUGUUCUAAGUCAUAUACCAGUAGAAGCCAUUUAGACCGUCAUAUAAAUAAUGUGCAUAAAAAUCCUGAAAAGGAUAUGCUGUACAGUUGUCCAACAUGUUUUAAGAGUUAUGCAAACCGCCAGAAUUUGAAGAGACAUAUAAAGAUACACCACAAAUUGAAGGUGCCAUUUACUUGCGAUGUUUGCAAAGCAGAAUUUAAAAAGAAAAACCAGUUAAGCGCUCAUAUGUACGUACAUACUGGCUUGAAAUCAUUUAGGUGUGAUGUGUGUUCUAAAGAAUUUGUAAGUCUCUAUGAGAAAAAAAAGCAUUCUAGACGACACAAAACUUAUGAAUGUACCAAAUGUCAUGUCCAGUUUGAUACUUGGUCUAAGUAUCAGAAACACAAUAAAAUCGAUCAUGCUACUAAAGAAUUUAUUUGUAAUGAAUGUGGCAGAAGUUUUAAGCAAAGGGGUCACAUAGUGCGCCAUGUCAAGAUUCAUUCAAAAACAACAUUAGAGCCCAAAAAACAUGUAUGUCCUUAUGAAAAUUGUCAGAGGUGGUAUACAAGAAAUAGUAAUUUGAAGCAGCAUAUUUUAAUAAAACAUUUGAGAGUUACCCACAAAUGUGACAUCUGCCAAGCUCAGUUAUCAACUAAGGCAAAAUUAGAUUACCAUAUUAAACUUCAUGACCAACCUCCAAAAGUGAGACAACCAAAAACGAAAGCUACAGGACGCAAAGAGAGAAAAGACAAAGGCAUUCCAAAAGGAUCAACAGCUUUGAAAUUAGCUGGAAUAUCGGAAAAUCCAACAAAUGAGGAAAAUACUAGUUCAAUGUUACUUGAAAUGUCUGCUGGGGUUGAAUGUGUUUAUGGUUAGCAAUAAAAUAUAAAAACGUUAUUUUCGUUUA